AUGACUUUAGAAGACGCACUUAAAGACACACGCGCAGCUAAUGCGCGCGGUGAACUUUGCUACCAAAAAAUUGCAGAUACACAUGGUGUUGAUCGUUCGACGUUGUCGCGAUAUCACCAAGGCGUUCGCGGCACCAUGCAACAGAAGAUCGAACAACAACAGAACCUCACCCCCUACGAAGAGCUAGAGCUUGUCGAUUACAUAGAUCAACUCUGCAGAGAGCACCUUCCGCCUACGCGCGAUAUGGUUCAACAUUUCGCCUCU